AUGCUGCAGGCCGAGGAGACCCUGGCUGCCCGCAUGCACGACAACUUGCAGCAAAUCGAGGUGGGGCACUCCCAGAACCAAGAAAGGAUCAAGGAGCAGCAGUGGGAGGUGGCGCUGCUGAUGAAGGAGAGGGACGACCUCUCUGUCUUGUUGGCGACUUUCAACAACGCCAACAAGGAGUUCCAGCAGACUCGUAUCUUGGAGCAACGGCGCAAGCGCAUCAAGGAGCUGGAUGAACGCGUUGCGAAGCUGCGAAAGAAAGUCCAGGAGCAGGCCACGGUGAUCGGGCCGAAGGAAGAAGAACGAGAUGUUAGGAAACUCAAGGAAGAAAUCCUGGAGAUGAAGAAGACGCGCGUGCGGCUAAUGCGCCAGCUCAAGAAAGAGUCGGAGCAGCACCGCCGGGCCCAAAGGGAGCACGACCGCGAGUGCGCAAACGAUCGGAGCAGUUGCGGACUGAACCGCCAGGCGCGCAACGCCAACACAACACCACUCGUGAAGGUGCAGUCGAAGCUCCUGGAGGCUGAGGCCAAGCUCCGGGAGCUUCAAGAACGCAAGGAACGGGCGAUCAAGGGACUAGAGUUGCAGCUACUGGUCACUAAAAAGGAGAACCGAGAUCGAAUGCUGUGCCUACUGAAGCACUUCACGAGUACGUCCUGGCCUGAUGAGCAGCAGGGGCUCCGCGUCGGAGACGCCACACUCCCACAAGUCAUCGUGGCGAAAGAUGCGGCCGGGACGGCUCACGUCGCUUCUAUGCAAAGUCCAGGUCCUUCUCCCUCUGUGGCGACGUCGUCCAUGGGCGUCAAGGUUUCAUCUACGGCCUGUUCCGUGACGACCAAUAACACUCCCAAAGGCAACGAGGACAUGGACGAGACGACGGACUCCAUCAAGUGGGGCCUCGAAGAGGCGGACCCGACGACGGGGAUGACCCCCAACCCCAACCCGUGGGUAGGGGUGGGCAAGCGCGUUCGGCACAAGGCGGAACAUAACGUUCCCCCAGACGACCGACGACCCCACGACAGCAAUCAAGACCUAUUCCUUUUACUCCAGCACACAUUCCUCUCCCCAUCUUCCUGUCAGGUGCAUGCGCUCGUCACAGUAGACGUUCGCAAAGCAUUUGACAACAUAAGUCAUGAUCACAUACUCGCUUCAGUUCGAGAAACAGAAUGCGGACAAAAUUUGUAUACCUACAUCCAAAACAUUCUUAAGGACCGCACUGCAUGCUUUCGUAUAGGGGGCGAGUUGUCCCAACCAUUCUCACUCACACGAGGUACACCUCAAGGGGCUGUCCUCUCCCCUACUCUUUUCAAUCUGGGUAUGGCCCAGCUAGCUCGCUGCCUGCAGCAGAUACCCCACCUUUCCCACAUAUUUUAUUCUGAUGACCUCACCCUCUGGUGCACUCACGGAUCACCAGGGGAAGUUGAAUCUACUCUUCAGAAAGGUCUAGACACCAUAACUGUGUUCCUAACCCAAGCAGGGCUGAAACCGGCCCCAGAAAAAUCGGAAUUACUCCUGCUGUCUCAAACCCAGUAUCAGCGCUCUGUAAACCAUCUCAUUUCUCUCUAUUUAGACCAUCAGACCAUCCCGCGAGUAUCCUUAUGCAAGGUCCUCGGCAUCCAUCUCCACGAUCGAUCAAAUCAGGCUAACAUCACUCCGGCGAUAAACACGUGCCACUCGAUAACACAUCUUGUCCGCAGAGUCGUGCAAAGACGUGCGGGCCUCAAUGAAAAACAAGCGAGUCAAUUGGUUCAUGCAUUGGCUCUUAGUAAAAUUCUUUAUUCGGUUCCAUAUUUCACGCUCACACGACAGCAACUUAAUAAACUCAGCUCUGCAUUAAGCACUCUGUACAAGGCCUCCCUUAACCUUCCAAUCCAUACCUCAACGCAAAGACUCUACGAGACUGGCCUAUUCCUUCCCCUCUCCUCACUCCUACACCUCCAUCGUGACCGACAGCUAGCCCGCCUCUCGGGGUCACAUCAAGGGCGCUGGAUCCUAGAACAAGCUGGACUCUCACCAAUUGAUUUUUACUUGCACUUACCCGCUUUGCCAUUGCCCUCUAAUCUGCGUUUCGCUCUUCUGCCCCGCCGCAUGACUCCGGGCCUGGACGACGGUCGCAGAGAUGCUCAGGCCUUGCAUCAUAAUCCACCAUUUCAGACACAGACGGUAGCCUAUACCGACGCUUCCAUCUUGGACACCGGCACGGCUGCGUACGCAAUCUACAUACCUAAACAUUCCUUACCUAUUCUUCACACGUGCGGUCCAUACAGCGACCCCCCGUCAAUCACUACGUUAGAACUUGUCCCCAUUAUCCAUGCCAUCAUAUCAUUCUCCCAAUUGCCGCGCACGUCCGCUUACACUGUCUACUCUGAUUCUAUGGCUGCUAUACGCUCCUUGCAACAGAGACAAAUUCCUGCCGAUCUUCGAGAGGACCUUGAAAUGGCCCUACACUCUCUCUCCUCAUCCUCGGUCACGAUUCGAUGGGUCCCUGGUCAUGCAGGGAUAGCAGGUAAUGCGCUGGUACAUCAGCUCGCCCGCGAAUUUCACAGCCGGGCACCUGCAAUCCCCUGGCUAAGCCCCCCGACCAAUGACGAGGCAGCAGAGUACAAAAAAACACUCAAGUUACAUUACAAACAGAUCCGUAUAUCUCAUGAACUUCUACCUCGACCACAUCCACAGCUUAGUGUCGCGCAGACCCACAUUCUCCGUAAAAUCCAGACAAACACACUCGUCACACCUGCUCGCCUUUACCUCUUCCGCUAUCGAUCAGACCCUUCCUGUCCCAACUGCCCAGCUCCCUAUGCCAAUCAAGAACAUUGUCUCCUUCAUUGCCCGGUCGCCUACACCACCUCAUUUCUUCUUAACCCCCCACCACCCUCCUGGAGUGCAUGGUUGGCGUCGCCGCAACUGGAAGAUCAGCUCGCCCUGGUACUUCAGGCGGAGGAUAUCUUGGGUACUUAA